AAAUAUAUAUAUAUUCCCGCUCUUUCAUUUGUAUGUUGAUGUUGUGUUCAUAGUGUAAAUGAAUUAAUAAAUGUAAAUGUGACUUAAAUACUACACAUAAUCAGAAGAAAAUUUUAUUUUAUGCAUUAUCUAUCUAGUUGCGACCCCAUAGAACGAUGGCUGCACUAAACAAUAACAGAAGCUUUCAGGAUUCAAACGCCAAAUAUCUAGGUUGCUGUGCGACGUAUCACGACCUCAUAUCGAUUGCGAAUACUUCGUUUGGAGCCAACUGUUGGAGCCACAGCAUCACUCGACAAGAUAUCGAUUACAUUGACAUCAUCAAUGACAAGUAUGCGGUUGGAGCUGUGGCAUUUGUAAAAGUUGUGACCAGUGAUGGAGUUCAUCAUGAGGAAAUGGGAUAUGGAAUGAGUAGUCAAGUUGACAAUAAAGGCACUGCCAUUUUAACAGCACGCAAGGAGGCAGCCAAGAAUGCGCUGCUAGAAGCUCUCAGGAGUUUUGGGGGCACGAUCCUGGCCAAAGUCAGCGAGGUGGACGUGCGAGACGAUCAGAUGGCACCGGGAAUGUCUGUGAUGUGGACCGGCGGAAACUGCAGCUUUGGCAAGCGAGUGCCGUCUCCUGUGCUCAACCGGACAGUGGAGAAGCCUGCAGUUCCAGAGUCAGCGUCCUUGGGGAAGAAAGCGGAACAGAUCCCCCCCUUGAAAAAAGCUAACAACCUGACUGAGGAAGAGAGGCGCCGGCAGGAGAGGAUCAACAGGCAGCGCCAAAAACAAGAAGAGUUCAGAAAGAAAUUGAAGCAGAAUGAGAUACCAAAGUCUGAUAUAGAAGAUCUGGCCAACUGGGACGAUGACUGCAUCCCCGGCGACUCCUUCGUGUCCAUGCCUGACGAGCAUCCUGCCGUGCCGCUGGGCUCGGGCGCCCCUCGCGAGACCGCCAGCACCAGCAACUUCUCCCCGCCGGGGCAGGAGAACCGCGUCGUCAGCCGGAACAGGACGCCCCUCGCGGCCAAGAUGAGCAUGAGCAUGGGCAUGGGCCUGGGCAGCGCGGUCAGGCAGAACCGGGCGUGAGACUCCCCGACCGUCAGCCAUGCACAGAGGCCUCGAGGCAGUUCCCCCCGCAGCUUUGAAUAUAUAUACUGUAUAGAAGUCGCCAGCCCAGGUUAAAAUUUCUAAUACGGUUUUGAGGUAGUUGGUUAAUUCACCGCCGCAAUCGCCACCAUCUCUACUAGGGCAUCGACUUGUGGUGGUCCCUAGCGGACAAGUGUCGAACUCUUCAAACACCCCUUCCCCCUCCCGUUGAACGACCUAGAGCUGCAGUGAAUGAUAGGCGGGGGGUGCGGGGAAUGACAGCGGGCGACAGUGCUGCGCUCUAAAGUGUAAAUAACAACUAAGACGAUACAGGGCGUUACGGCAGCGCACUGUAGCGGUAAAGUUCCCAAGCUGCUCAUCAUACGCUUCUGAAAAACGUAGAGUAAAUCCUAUCCACUCGCGACUUCUAUACAUUAUAUAUAUUCAAAGCCCGCAGGCCUCAUCACCAUCCAUCAAACAGUUCAUUCAGGGCAUCUGAGGCAUCUUGGUAUCUUAAGUGUUGUUUACACACUGAUCAAGAAUUACUACACCAUUCCUUGAUGUGUUUAAAAAAUGUACUUUAAGGGGAUUGGUGCACCAGCAUCGUAUUAAAAAAAACAAUAUAUUUGGUAAUUAUUCAGCUGCUAGAGAAGAUUUGAACCAUUCUGGUGUAAAAAAAAUUUUUUAUUUUUUUAUUUUAAUUAAGUUAUUGCUGAUUUUCGGGAAUUUUUUAAAUUCAAGCUUUAUUAAAAAAACUAUAAAGAAUUCAAUGGUAAAACUUUCGCAGAUAAAUUUUCAGACACGGGAGAUAUGACUGUGACCAUUAUUUUAUCUGUAAUCAUUAUUAAUUUAACGUAUUUACAAUUUGAAUUUUAAUAAAUGAGCUGCUACGAAAUUGCGUGAUAUUCAUUUGCGAAUUUAAUAACAUUCGCGUUUUCAUUUGUAAUUCAAACGCCUACAUAUAUGUCGGCUGAAUGAUUGACUUUAUUUUAGUCUUUAGCUUAUUGCAGUCGGACCUAAAGUAAAAACGUAGCUGUAGAAAUUUGAGCAGCGUGCAAGCUCGGAUACGAGGAAUUAUGGAACGCGCUGGACAGUAGUGACACCUUGCGACAGUUUCUCUAACUUUUUGCAGCCUGCCACAGCUGUCUGCUGUUUACGAAGGGGAGAUGGGAUUUCGCGGGAAACUGAUAUGAAGGUCAACGUACUCAUUUUCAGUAGAUAAGAGAACGUGUUUGGUCUAGCUCGGCGUAUAAUUGAAUGGUUAUUCUCUGUUAUUAUUUAGCACAGUGAUCUAGUUAGAUGUUUUUUGUUGUAAGCGUGAUAUUUAUUCAGGAAUAAAAUGCCGAAGAAACCUCCACCAAGCAGAGUACACAAAAGAACAAAACUAUCGAAAGCCAUUAUAGCACUUAGAAAAAAGAAUAAAGAAAGAUAAGAGAUUAUUUUAUUAUAGCUUUUUUUUAUCAUACAUUUAUUUUUCAGAGUUGCGUAUGUACAACGCGAUGGACGCGAUGCGACAGCAGAAAGAUGUGUAAAAUUGUAAACAUGUUUUUUUUUUCCAGCAAUGCGUGAACCAUUCAUAAACUAUACUCAACAUGUAUCCGUAUAAUUACGUUUGAAUUUUUUUUAUGACAGGCAUCAAUGUUAACAAGUUUAUUAAGCCACAAUAGACUUUUUUCAGAAAAAUAAGUGUAGCAGAAAACACUCAACAUAGUCUCACACAAAAUCAGUUUACAUGAAUGCAGUUUUAAGAAGUAAGCUACGUAAAUAAUAGUUAAACAUUAUUUAAUAUCUGCUGGUAACGUUUCCAAAGUAUCAGCUUCGCCUUCAUUCACGAACAAUAUUCGUGAGCUUAUUUAUUUAUUUUGCUGGCGUUUCGUUGGUGACUGUUAGGACUGCAAAAUUAGUAAACAUUUUUCACCCUAUCCUGAGUUAAAUCUAAGUGUGCGCGGUUAGAUGAGGACCUAGAUAUGUCUCAGGCUUACGCCUUUACACUCUACUCAUGCAUUAACCAUGCGCGUAAGGGCGCGUUGCCAUUGACCUGUAGGAUAGUCUCAAAAAUCCUCUACGGACUCGAAAAAUGUCACCUGCUCAUUGGCUACUUGACUUGUGACAACUGUUUGUUGUAAUGCCUGUGAUUCAUCGUUGAUUUUGUUGAGGAGUUUUCAGUGAUUCAGAGCCUCCCAUUUAACUGUGGCCGUAUUGAAGAAGCAGUACACAUGUUACAUGCUUGAAUUCAUAGCGAAUGGAAACCACAAAUAUUUACUGAUGUAGUGGUUGGUAAAAAAAAAAUAUUAUUCGUAUCGCGUCCAUCGCUUCGCGCCAUGUUGGCUCCUAUAUUAUAUGGAUUUACAAAAUAUAACGAUUCAUUUACGACACUUAAGAUAAGGUGUGUAGGAUUUUAAGAAUUCACUUGAAUUGAUAUUUAAGAACAUAUUUCAGGAUAACUUGUGAAGACGCUCGUACAGACGGCACCGGUUGUGAUGACUCAUUGUUUCCAGAGCAGGGGCCAUCUCGUGUACACGAAGUGGUAUGCGAAACCUCAACACAACUCGAAAAUCAGUGAGUGUUACAUUGAAAUGUGUCCGCUACAAAUGUUCAGGAAUUAUAAUUUUGAAAUCGAGUAGAAAUAUUCCUGCAAUUAGCAUUAGGUAUAUUUUAAUAGACAUUGAAAGCGAAUCAUUAAGUAGUUUCAAAAUCCAAAUACCGGAAUACAGAUAGUCUGUAACAAUACAUACCUCACCGACUAGAUAUGGUCCAGAUUGUUAAUACUAACACAUUUAAAAAAAACUGACUAGUUAAUGAAUAUGUUGAAAUUUUGUAAACCUGUUACUUAAGAUGAUUGGUGAUGUAAUAAUGUCUCUUGGAAACUACAUAAGAUUUUAACUGCUUUUAUUUCUCCAUAAAUUCGCAAAUCACCAUGGCGGCCAUUUUACGAUCACGAUUUAGUUCUUAAAUUUUAAAUUAGUUUAUUUGUUGAGAGCCUGGUACAAUGUAUCUGACCACUAAAGCGAUCCGAGCCGCGUAGUGUAUACUACUGCGAGGUUGCCGAAGUAGGCUCGGGUCGGGACGAAUUUCGCUGAAGAAACAAAGGUUUUUAAUACAUAGAAAAUUAUCCCAAAGCCGAAAUUUGUACAGUAGUAGAAUGAACAUUUCUUAGUAACACGUCAAAAGUUUAAGUACUGCCGCAAACCUUGUGUGUCACACCGAAAACGAGCAGUUAAGUCCAAAAUGAAAUUUUUUUUGCAACGAUCCACAAUAAUGGAUAUUGCAAAUGCAGUUUAUGGAGUAGACCGUCAGUAUGGAACCCAAAAUAAUCUAGAAACAUUGCCCUAUCUGAGGAUAGUGAUAAAAAGCACAAAGUUUAAACAUGUUCCUAUAAAAUAGACCUUUUAAAUCAUUAAAGUUAACGAAUUCACUUUCAUUCAAUUUUAAGGAAAUAUAAAUACAUCUUACAUAAACUUAAAGAGCCCAACGUGGAAAUCGCUUAGAGUAAUCGUUGUUGCAUAUUUAUUCAUCUUUAAAUUGGUAUAUUUUUUAAGUGUCUCAUACAAUUAGUCUGACCACUAAAGCGAUCCGAGCCGCGUAGUGUAUACUACUGCGAGGUUGUCGAAGUAGGUUCGGGUCGAGACGAAUUUCGCUGUUAAGAAACAAAAAAUUUUAAUACAUGGAAAAUUAUCACACAGGAAAAAUUUUGUACAGUAGUAGAAUGAACAUUUCUUAGUAACACGUCAAAAGUUUACCGAUGAAACCUUGUGAUCACACCAAUAAAUGAGCAGUUGAGUCCUUAAUGAUAAUUUCUACAAUGAUCCACAAAAAUGUUUCGUAAAUUUAAUAACUUUAAUACUUUUUUAAGUCGGUUCUCAUUAUGGCACCAAAGUAAUAUAAAAGAAUGUCCUACAUGGUAACUGUGAUAAACACAUCAAAGUUUAAACGUCCUAUUAUUAAAUUGGUAAUUUUAAUCAUAAAAGGUAAGAAAAAAAUAUAUUUUUUUAUAGAAAUUUGACUACAUGUUACAUAAAUAUGUUGAGCGUAACGUCAAAAUCACUUCAUAAAUAUUGUCUGUGUGGUUUUUUUUUUUUUUUUUUUUUUUUUUUUUAAGGCUUAAAUGUGUAUAUUUUGAGUGUCUGGUACAAUAGUCUGACCACUGAUGUAUUUCAAGCUGCGUAGUGUGUGGUGCAGCAGUGUUAAAGUCGCUCGUGCUGGGACGUUUUUUGCUCCAGAAAACUAAGGUUUUUAAUGUAUGGUAAUUCCAGACUGAAUUUUACUCUGAAAGAAUAAAAGUUUCCUAACUGCAAGUGAUUUUUUCUGUAAACGUAGAUAAAAAUCUUCCAGGAUGCAAUUUGCUUAGGUAAAAAUGUUAGUAUGAUUGACUCUUUAAUUUCUAAAUUAUAAAUAAAUAACAACAAUAGAACUUCCCGUAAAGUUGUGAUAAACUGACGAUAUUGCCCGAGUAGCAGACCCGUACGUGACUACAGAGAAAGGCUAUUUUCCUUGACCGUUAGGAUUUCUGGGACGAACAGCUGGGGUCAUAAAAUACGGUCAAACUCUUGCAAAAACAUCCACCACCGCUCUUUGCCACUAGCAAUUCAACGAAGUAAGCUAGGCGCAGCACUCCAAUGAAUUAACUUAGGAAAAAAAAUACUAAAUAUGUAAUUCUAUCAAUACAUUUUACAACACAACUUAUGUAUUAUUUAUUUUCUGGAAAAAAAUAAUAUUAUCAUACGAAUUAUGUUAUAAAAGUGACAAAACUCAAUAAGCACAUUAAUGGUGUAUCGUUUUCUUCAAUUGUUAUAUAGUAAACUAAUUUCAUACAAUUAAAUAUAUAUAUAUAUUUUAUAAUAUAGGCUACAUUAAAAUUUUGCACAGUUCUGAUCUAAAAUAAUAUAAUGUAUUAGAAAAAAAAAAUAUAUUUUUUGGUAUUAAAAUAAUUUUUAAUAAUAAAAUUUUUGUAACAAAAUACGGACACACAUAUAUAAAACCAGAGGUCCUCUAGAAUUUUGAUUUACAAGUUCCAAGCAGAAAUUGUUUAUUGUUAAUUUUAUUGUAUCAAAAAUCAUUCAUAUAUAAAAAAAAGAAUAUGUAUAUCUCAAUAGAUGUAACAUGAAUACACCCUAUCAUAUGCAUUAAAUAUAUUUUAAGUAAUCCAUAAAUAAGACUAAGUUUAUUGAGUGUCGCAGUACGCAGCGUGUUUCAAAGCCCGCCGGUCGUGAAAGAUCAGUACGGCCGCAGUACACUGCAACGCUCGGGCAGCUUUAAUGAGACAACUAAUUAUGCUAGACUCUUUAUAAAUAUACUAUGUUAAAGCUAAAAGUAUAAUUAAAAACAUUUAUUUAGACAUUUUUUCGCAUUGGGCUCUUCAAAUCGGUGUAAAUCGUAUUUUUAUCUGGGUGGCAAAGAUAAAAAAAAUAUGUCGUGAAUUAAUCGCUUUAUAUCAUAUACAUAUAUUGAAAAUUUAAAUUUUUUCUAACAUUAAUGGGUGUAUUACAGUUUCUAGAUUAUUUUGGUAAGUUUAUGGACAGUCUAAAUUAAAAACUGUAUAAAUGGGUAGCAUUUUAAUGGACUGAUGCAAGUUGCUGUCACCUAGGACAUAAAUGCAAAUUUUCGGUGAUAACGCACAAGGUCUACAGCGGUAAACUUUCGGUAUGUUAUUAAGCAUAGUCAACUCUACCACAGUACAAAAAUUCAGCUUUGGACAAAUUGUUCACAGGUUGUCUUGGUUUCCUGGAGUAACACGAAAGUCUACGCGGGGAAGGGCGGCUACCUGAUACGAGAAUGAAGGAUAGGGCGAGAUGGGAAGCGAUAAGAGCUGGUUCGGUGUCCGUGUUGGAGAGAGAGAGAUAGAGAGAGAGAGAAAGGCGAUAUUGUGGAAGACCUUCGAAAGAUUCCCGCUAGAUGGCAGGCCUCAGAGCUGCAACAUUCGACAACCUCCCCUCACAGAAGCUCUCUCGCCACUAACUUGCCAAAUCUCACCCGCUAGCUUAUAUACGUGCUGGCUGGCCAUACAGUAGUAAUAAACAAGCAUUUAUGAAACACUUAAGCUCAUUUCCAACAAAUUCUGACGAAUGACUGUUUUUUGUCCUGCACCAAUCCCCUUAAAGAGUAGUAUUCACUUUCAUAGCGAAUGUUAUAUUGUGUGUGUGUAAAAUGAAAGAUUUUAUUUAAGUCAUGUUGAACAGUUAGUUAAUUUGCUUAACAAGUACACAAUCGGGUGACAUAUACCAAAGGAGUAUGCACUGACAUGCUCCAAUUUUAAUUUUUUAUAUAAACAUGAACUAUUACAGUGGGAUAAUUUUUGACAUUUCUGAAGAGACCCCAAGAAUUUUUAGAUUAAGUAGAAACAGGUAGCUUAUUGCCAUUAAAAAUUGAAAUUUUCAUAAACAAAAGAUCGUAACAAGUCUAUUGUAAAUGCUAUUUAACAAGGUGGCUACAUAAUUAUAGUGAAUUUCAAUUUACAGCACACAAAAUAUUUUUGUGUAAAACCCAACUUCUAAUGGUAAAAUGAGUUGCCUUUUCUUAUGCAAAAUGUUAAUGUGAUAAAUUAUUUAUCUUUUCUUUUUUUUUAAUCAAAAAAAUACUUUGAAGAAAAUUAAACUUGUAUUUUCAUUUUAAAAUGUUAAAAUUAAGAACUUAUACAACUCAAUUCCUAGUUUAAAUUAAAUCAGUACAGUGGUAUUCAUUGGUUUCUGAAAUCAGUAAUGUUUGUACAGAAUUAAUCUUCACUGUUACUAUUAACUGUAUGAUCUAAUGUCUUGUGUUUAGUAGGUAUUCAAACUCAUCAGGAAUGAAAACUAUCAAAAUUUUAGCAUACAUCUUAAAAUAAAAGCAACAAUAAUUAAAUAAUAAUGUAUAAAUGGUAAAAAAAAAUCUAUACAGUAUAUCUGUAGCUAAGAGUAUAUCGGGCGGUGGUGCUCCCCUCAAAGUGGGCAAGAGGAGGGGACAGGGAAAAAAAUUAAAUACAAAUUUUUGGAAAAUUUAGUGACAGAUUAUUUAUUGGUAUUUUAACACUUUGAAGAAAAAAAUUUGGAACUGAGAUGUCAUGAACCUCUCUGUCUCCAUAAAAAAGUUAAAUUUCGGAAAAUGCACUACUACCCCCACCCACACCCCCUUUUACGUUUUGAGUUCGAUACACCCCUGGCUGGAGCUAUGAAUACAAAGUGUGAUAGGUGCAUGCCAAGAGAUUAAACAGUUUCAUAAGUAACAAGAAUGACAUAGAAAUUAAUGAAAAUGUCAAUUUUUUUUUAAGCAAAUAUUUUAUUCUAUGUAGUAUUUUACACAUACUUAUGGAGGUAUGUUGUUAGUUAUAUACUUGAUAAUUCUGAGCAGAGUUUUAAGUAUAACUUUGUAUUUGUAAACCAUUAUUUCCAAUUGGGCUACUUCAUGUUACAAAUAAGUUUGUUAAAAAUAUGUAUAUUAAAUAAUAAGUUUUGUACCUGAAAAUUGUUCACUUCUUUUA